AUGUAUGGAAGGAAAGAGAAAAACGGAAACGAGAGACGUAUGGAAGAUUUCGAGAAGAAGGUGAGAAUAUCAGAAGGCAUGGAUGUUGAUUCAAAUGGCUCCAGCCACUUCCAAACCGUCUCCCUGCUUCGGAAAUUUCUUGCAGUUCAGCAGUCUAGAGCCGAAGCUUAUGCAAAACUCAAAAAGGGCUUUACUGACUUGGGAGAUUCUGCUUACCAACAACUUUGCAAUGAGAUCACAGUAGAAUUUAGUGACUGCUCAAAGCAGGUCCUUGAGUUGGAGUCAAUAUUUCUUAGUCCCAGUUACUGCCGAAGUGACUUGGCCGCUUUGCUGAGAUCUGUUCAAGUGCAGGAAAAGCAAAAGCUGCAUUUGACGGCAACCAUUCAGGUUCUGAAGAAAGCUGGUCGACCUUCGGAGCGUCUGGUGAGCCAUGAGAAGUGCAAAUUUAGAAAUGAUAUGCAGCAGCAUGAAUGUGUGCAUGUCCAUGAGAUAACUGAAGCUGCUGGAACAGAAGAAGCAGAAGCAGAUGCUGAAUAUGAUAAUGCCAUGAAGGAAGCCAUUCAAGGGGUGCAGGAUGCAGUAACCACCAUAAAUGACCAUCUGGAAGAAAUCAGAUAUGAGAUUGCUGCUCUUGAAGCUGAUGGAUGUAAGAAUUGAUACAUCUCUUCUGAAUACUUGCUUCUUACAAAAAAAAGGCUAUUAAUGGUGAACUCUUUUAGUUCUGUUGGCAUGUGUUCAUCUCCAGAAAAUCAAUUGAUUGUUUUG